UCAUUCUCCCGGGCGGGGAGGGGGCAGGGCCGGGCGUCCAGCGACCGCUGGCUGGAGAGCCAGUGACUUCCUUGUUGGCAGUUUCGGACUGGCCGUGUCCGGAGUCGUAGCCUCUCGGUGCUUACUCGGACCGCUAUUGCGAGUCUAGGUCCAAGCCAUUAUCAUGCCCAACCCCAGCUGUACCUCCUCUCCCGGCCCUCUCCCUGAGGAAAUUAGGAACCUGUUGGCAGAUGUUGAAACAUUUGUGGCAGACACACUGAAAGGAGAAAAUUUAUCCAAGAAAGCCAAGGAAAAGAGAGAAUCUCUCAUUAAGAAGAUAAAAGAUGUAAAGUCUGUCUAUCUUCAGGAAUUUCAAGACAAAGGUGACGCUGAGGAGGGGGAUGAAUAUGACGAUCCCUUUGCUGGGCCUGCAGACACGAUUUCCUUAGCCUCAGAGCGCUAUGAUAAAGAUGACGAGGGCCCCUCUGAUGGAAACCAGUUUCCUCCCAUUGCAGCCCAGGACCUUCCUUUUGUCAUAAAGGCUGGCUACCUGGAAAAACGCAGAAAAGAUCACAGCUUUCUGGGGUUUGAAUGGCAGAAACGAUGGUGUGCGCUCAGCAAAACAGUGUUCUAUUAUUACGGGAGUGAUAAAGACAAGCAACAGAAAGGUGAAUUUGCAAUAGAUGGCUAUGAUGUCAGAAUGAACAACACCCUUAGGAAGGAUGGAAAGAAAGAUUGCUGUUUUGAAAUCUGUGCUCCCGACAAACGUAUCUAUCAGUUUACAGCAGCCUCUCCCAAAGAUGCUGAGGAAUGGGUCCAGCAGCUGAAAUUUAUAUUACAAGACCUGGGAUCCGAUGUCAUUCCCGAGGAUGAUGAGGAAAGAGGAGAAUUGUAUGAUGACGUUGACCAUCCUGUGGCCCCCAGCAGCCCGCAGAGGAGCCAGCCAAUAGAUGAUGAGAUUUACGAGGAGCUCCCAGAGGAGGAAGAGGACACUGCUUCAGUGAAGAUGGACGAGCAAGGGAAGGAAAGUCGGGACAAUGUGCAUCACACCUCAGGAGAUAAAAGCACUGAUUACGCUAAUUUUUACCAGGGUCUGUGGGACUGCACUGGAGAUCUGUCUGAUGAGUUGUCCUUUAAGCGUGGUGAUGUGAUUUACAUUCUUAGCAAGGAAUACAAUAGAUAUGGCUGGUGGGUAGGAGAGAUGAAGGGAGCCAUUGGCUUGGUGCCUAAAGCCUACCUAAUGGAGAUGUAUGAUAUUUGAGAGUCUGGAGAAGUCUUGUGUCUGUCUGCAAGGGCCUUGGGACAUGGAACACCUGAGUGCCUGCUCGGAGCCACCUUCCUUUGGGUGAACAUUCCUGCCUCAGCUGCCAUUCUAUGUAGUCAGGCACUAAAGCACUCUGAUGUGAGAUUGAGCAGGCAGUGAUGGGUUACAUUAGAUACAAGCAGUAGAGAUAAGACCUGUUGCUGUUUUGCAAAUAAUAAUUAGUUUUCAUUUACCCGUUUGGUUUGUAUGGUAAAAUUCAUUGUGAUUGUACGUGAAUCUUAGUCACUGAAGCUGCCGGUGAGGGUUGCUUUUUCUCUUAGCCGCUGGGUGUAAGUUAUUUUUAGAGUGCCGCAAAUAAUUUCCUAGUCUUUGUACAUUUUGAGUCAAUAAUAAAGACUUCUUUAAAGCUGUAGAGAUGACUUAGCCUGGUAUUUUAUUCUUCAUAGAGUAAUAACAUGUUUUCAUUAAAGAAGUUGUAUAGACUCACAGGUUUACCUGCUGUAGGUAAGGAAGAAUAAACCAGUGCUUGAAUUACAGAUAGAGGGAAAGUGGCAGCCUGCUGUCCGCUGGCACACAGAUCAAACCAGAGCUGGGUUUCUGAAAGCCCUUCAGUAUCCUAAUUUGAUGAUGGGCUUGCCAGUGUGUUCUAAUAUAAUUUUAUUUAAAUUUAAUGAAAUCAAAGAUUCAUAAGAAAGCCCAUUUACCAUUAAUACAAUGGUAUAAACAACUUGAGCAUGUUUUCAGAGUCCGAGGGCAGCCAGGUACCCGCUGACCUCUCUGACUCUAUCACUGCUCUAUCACAAUCCCACCACUAAGCAGCAUCCUGGCUGAAACUCUUGUGCGCUGCUCUGGACCAAACGGAAGAGAAAGACUCUUGCGGGAUGGCAGCAGUUGGCAACCAGCAGUGAGUGAAGGGAAGGCUGACUUGCUCUCUGAUACUGUUGUUGCUGCAGGAGUAAGGGUUGCAGAAUCCUGGCUCUUUCAUAUAUAGUUAAACUUGGGGUGUUUUUAAUCAUCUCUAGAGACGGCAGAAGAGCCUUACUCUGUCUCAGAUGCACCAGUGACUAGAUAUUUUGGAGUAAAUGGGAUCUACUAUUGAAUCAUUCUAUUGCAGGUUCUAGCUUUUGCCUAAUUUUACAGGUCGGAAUGCAGAUGGGCUGAUAAUAUUUUUUAAAUCUCCACUAUUUAUGUAAAACUAUAUUUACAGGCAAUAGUAAAGAGUGUCUGUUUUACUGUUAUACUAUGUAUGUUGUGAUCACUCAUUUUCCAAAGUAAAAGAAAAAAAAAUCCUAAGUUUACCUAUGUAGACAUAGUUCAAGUUUUCAGAAAUUACGUUUGUACAGUUACUCAUUUCCUACUAAAGUGUCAUCUAAAUAGGUUGAAAUCAUCUUGGCAAAAGUUAGACAGGCAGAAAUUAAUUCAGUGAUUCAUCUUUCAGAGCCAGCAUGGUUGAAAAGCCAAGCCUAGCCUGUGGUUACGGGGUUGUGCCUUUAAUCUAAGUGGCCAGCAGAUGGCAGCAGCUUGUCGUUUGCACGUGGACCCACUUGGGAACCCCUCCCCCACUGCGGCCGACUGAGAGGCAGUGCGAUUUCUGUCUCCUUUUCCAGUUAAUCCAGGAGAGGGAGUCCUUUGCCAACGGAUGGCCUGCGUUUCCAGCACAGACGCCACUCUGCCCAAAGCCAUGUGUGGCCUUUGUUCUUUUCUAAACGUGAAUAUACAUGGGAGAUAGAGGACUGGAACCAAAGGCCUUUAAAAUUGGGAAAGAUGAGAAAACCUGCUGCUCUGCUCCCUGUGCUUUAAGUGCGCUUUCUGUUGAGUUGAUUAACUCAUUUUUGUGCUAUGAAGAAGUUUCUCUCUACCCUUGACAGUACAUCACAUUCUCUUCAAGAUCAUAAUAACAUCAUUAAUGUGAAUUUAAACAACAGGGCUUGUUAGAAAAUAUGCUAAUUGUUAUGUUCUCAUUAUGUUUGCCUAGCUUUUAUUUGUUUUUCUAUGAACAGUUAGAGAGCUAAUUUUUCUGAAAGGUGAUUGUAAGUCAUAUUUUAUAUAGCAUUUUGCUUGAUCGUUUGCUCUGUACUGAAUUUGUACUCUGUUGCCAUUAGAUCUUACAAUAAUGUUCCACUCUGCAAAUUUUUAAGGUUCAAAUAAAGUUUAAUUGUUUGCAAA